AUGGAGCUGUACGAGAAGCUGCCGAUGGCGGUGAGGAGCCAGGUGAAUCUCGAGAAAUUCCACAUUCCCAGCAAUGUGGUGACCAACUUGAAGGUGGACGCGGCUCGGAGCCGGGAGGUUCAAGGGAUCGUGGACCAGCUGUCGCCGAAACUCGAGCGGUUCAAGGUCAAGACGGUUCGAGCCGGAGGGGGCGGCGGCGGAGGCGUGGUGAAGCUGGAGGAGGAUGAGGAUGACAAAAGGUGA